CCCAUCCCGGCAGUCCGCCCCUUUGUGUCGGCAGCGGGGCCAUGGCCGGGGCGGGGAGGGCUGCGUGGACGCUGCUCCAGCCCUGCAGCCCGCGGGGCGUCGCGGUGGGUCCGGGGGCAGCGCGGAGCGGGCAGGACCCGAGCGGGGGGCAGAGACACGCGUGGGGUGGACACGGUCCUGCCGGGAGGGGCCGGGCCCGGCUGCCUGGUUCGCCCCCUGCCCGGGAGGUACCAAAAAAGCAUCUGGCCCCUCUGGGAAAAGAGAGAGAAGCAGCCAAAGCCGAGGAGGAGCGGCACAGCGAGGAGCUGCUGAAACAGACAGAAGCCGAAAGGCAGAAGAUCAUCUGGGAGUGGAAGGAGCUGCAAGGGUUUCUGGAGGACCAGGAGCAGCGGCUGCUGUCCCGUCUGGAAGAGCUAGAGAGAGCCAUUGUCCAGAGAAGGGAUGAGGGCAUCUGCAGCCUGUCCUGGGAUAUUUCCCUGUUCAGUGAGAGGGGAGGAGCGAAGGGACAGCAGCCACUGAGCCAACCCCUGCAGGGUGCUGGGAGCACUGGGGGAAGCAGGGAGGACGGGAUGUUUCGGAAGCCGGAGCCGGGGUUAAUGGAGCUGGAGAAGAGACUCAGCGAUUUCUCUCUGAAAAGUGCCAUGCUGCAGGAGGUGCUGCUGGGAUUCAAAGAGACGCUGCGACGGGGGCUGGGGAGCGACACAGGUAUGUGUCUGUCUCUGACUGGCCAUGGGGAGAUUUCAGACCAAUAACCAUGUUAACGACAGGGGAGCGCAGCCUCCAGCAUCUGGAAGCUGUGGAACAGUGGGAAGCGACGUUACUUUGUUCUUGUACCACUAUAUUUUCAACUGACUUGUCUCUUAAAUGUUUUAGCUCAUCAAUAUUACGUAAGCAUUUAAAGUAUAUUGCAGUAUUUUUAGUACUCAUUAAUUUUUUUGCUUUUACUUCCUUUAAUUAUUGCAUUUUUUACUGACUACAUUAAUUUUAGGAAUUUUAUUUUGCAGUUUUAAUUGCAGUAAUAUUAAUAGGGUUUUCAAUUAAAUUUAUGUAGUCUGAUUUUAAACCUCUUUUUUUAAAGACCACUAAGGUCUUUGACAACUUUUCCUGUUUUUGAGUGGCUGCUUGAUACUUUUUUUAAAAAAAUACAAAGGCUGAGCUUUUUUUAAACAUAUUUAUUUGAAAGUUUGUUAGUCUAGUUAGAAUUCUUUGGCUUUUUAAAAAAAUAUAUAGACUUUUUUUGUUGUGACUUUUAAAAUUUGUAAUGUACUCACAUUUUUAACUUAUAAUUAUUUUAGUGCACUAUUUACCUCUUGUGACACAGGUUGU